UGCUGGCCGUGCUGUGCCGUGAGGGGGUGACUGGCCGUGGCAGGCAGUUCUUAAUGAGGAGAGCAGCGCUAUGUUGAGGAGGAGCAAGGAGCUUUUUUGUAAUGAAAAAUGAGGAAUGCUUGUGAGGAAAUGACCUAGAGGCCUUACAAAUACAUUUGUGCAUUCUUGCUGCAGACUCUACAAUUGAAGGCAAACUCAAUCUGGAAGCACCACUUAUUAAUGUUACAUUGGAAACAACUACCUCAUCAUACAGAAGAAAAAGAGAAGGCUUGCAAUAAUAAACACUCUAGUUUUUAAUAACUUGCAAAGUCUUCAGAAAACAAAACAGAUUUUUUUUUUUCAGUAUUAAGAAGAGACACUACAAACAAACUGAUUUGACAGACUGGAUCUGUCAAGACAUGGAAGAUAUUUGAUCUGCUGACAUAAGGACUUUGUUUUUCAAGGAAAGAGUCUCUGCACUGCUUUUACAAUCGCUGUUGAUCAGUGGUUUUGUUCCACUUUUCUUGGUAUUACUAGUUGGAAAGCUCCAUUAAGGUAUUACUCCUAAAAGAUGAUUUACGUUUUAUGAACUUUAACAUCAGGUGUCAACAAGUGCUGGCAAGGAAAUUAUAGGAGUUAGUUUCUUCCCUUCAUAGUGCAUCUUAUGUACAGAGUGGGAAUACUAAAUGAGAGAAAUUUUUUUGUUUUGUUUUGAGAUACUUCAGCUUGCUUUUUGAGUUCACUUUGUAAUUGCAGCAGGGCUGCACUGAAAAUACUAAGUCAGCAAAUCUGCAUUUUUCACUGCUGAUACAGAUUAUACAGACGCCUGCCCUUUUGAAAUGCCUUUUAUGAAACAUAUGUACACAGUCCUCCACUGUUACUAUACAUAACUACAUUUCUGAGGAAGGAAUUUGACAACAGAUUGCUAAUCCAAGGAAUUUUUGAACAACUACUCACUUAUGUAUUGCUGUAGUGCACAGGAAAGUAAAAUGGACUAUAAGCGGCGCUUUUUGCUUGGCGGGUCCAAGCAAAAAGUGCAGCAACACCAGCAGUAUCAAAUGCCUGAGCUAGGCAGGACCCUGAGCGCACCGUUGGCAUCUACUACCCCGGCUUCCCCUUUGGUCUCCUCAGCUGCUGCAGGCAGCUGCAACCACCCUGUGUCCCAUACUACUCCGAUUGCAGACAUCCAGCAGGGAAUCUCCAAAUAUCUGGAUGCACUCAAUGUGUUUUGCCGUGCGAGCACUUUCCUUACAGACCUUUUCAGCAGUGUAUUUAGGAACUCACACUAUUCAAAGGCAGCUAUGCAACUGAAAGACGUGCAGGAACAUGUCAUGGAAGCAGCGAGUCGGCUCACGGCAGCAAUAAAACCAGAAAUAGCAAAAAUGCUGAUGGAGCUGAGUGCUGGAGCUGCAAACUUCAAAGAUCAAAAGGAAUUCAGCCUACAGGACAUUGAGUUACUUGGACGAUGUUUCUUGACAGUGAUGCAGGUUCACUUUCAGUUUUUGUCACAAGCUUUGCAGAAGGUCCAACCAGUGGCACACUCUUGUUUUGCUGAAGCUGUAGCUCAGGAAAGGAAGAAUGCUAGUGGGGUGGGAACCUCCAAUUUGAGCCCCACAACUGAGCUAGAAGAUGCAGUACGAUCAUGGAGAGGAGCUGCAGAGGCCACAUCUCGGCUGAGAGAAAGAGGCUGUGAUGGGUGUUUGGCUGGAAUUGAGGUUCAGCAACUCUUCUGCUCACAAAGUGUGGCAAUCCCUGAGCAUCAGCUGAAAGAACUGAAUAUGAAAAUUGACUGUGCUUUGCAGGCAUAUAAAAUUGCUUUGGAGAGUUUGGGCCAUUGUGAAUAUGCAAUGAAGGCUGGCUUCCACUUGAAUCCAAAAGCUAUUGAAGCAAGUUUGCAGGGCUGCUGUUGUGAAGCUGAAGCCCAACAAACAGGAAGGAGACAGACUCCACCUCAGCCAAUUCAGUGUGAACUCCCCACUGUACCUGUUCAGAUAGGAUCCCAUUUUCUAAAAGGAAUAUCCUUUAAUGAGUCUGCAGCAGAAAACCUGAAGCUGAAAACGCACACAAUGCUACAACUGAUCAAAGAAGCUGGUUGCCAUAAUGGACUUACACCCCGGGAUGACUCUCCUGUUACUGAAGUACUAAAUCAGGUUUGCCCUUCUACUUGGCGGGGAGCCUGCAAGACGGCUGUACAGUUAUUAUUUGGCCAAGCUGGAUUGGUGGUUGUGGACACAGCGCAGAUUGAAAAUAAAGAAGCAUACGCUCCUCAGAUUAGUUUAGAAGGAUCCAGAAUUGUGGUGCAAGUCCCAUCAACUUGGUGUCUGAAGGAAGAUCCAGCAACAAUGUCUUUACUGCAGAGGAGUCUGGAUCCAGAGAAGACUUUGGGACUGGUAGAUGUGCUCUAUACUGCUGUGUUUGACAUAAACCGGUGGAAGGAAGGAAGGGAGCAAGCUUUGCCCUGUAUUCAGAUCCAGUUACAGCGUGAGAUCUGUGACUUCGGGAAUCAAGUUGACAUGCCAUCUGGAAAUGGAAGCAAGUCAUCGGGAGGCCUGCAAAAGACUUUCUCAAAACUGACUUCACGGUUUACAAAGAAAACUUCCUGCACCAGUUCAAGUAAUAGCGGAAGUUACUCUAUCCCUAGUACGCCUUCCAAAAAUGUCUUCAUAGGUAACAACGCAGAGGAGAAAACUAAAAUGCCCAGUAACAUAGACACACGGUUACAAAGUAUUUUGAACAUUGGUAAUUUCCCUAGGACUAUAGAUCCAUUACAGCCAACUCAGAGCACAAGUAACCAAAUAGUCAAUGGAUUUCUUGUUGAAAGGUGUGAUAAUUUCUUCAAAGCAGAUGAUGGCAAGGAUGAUAAAGGUAUGAAUUUACCAACUGACCAGGAAAUGCAGGAGGUUAUAGAUUUCUUGUCUGGUUUUAAUAUGGGCAAAUCCCAGCAGACUUCUCCAUUGGUGAAAAGAAGGAACUCUGUUGCAUCUUCUACAGCAACAGAACAAAAAUCGGGAGCAGUGCAACAGCAACCACAGUCUAUGUCUCACGCAUCUCUGCAUCCUUCUCAGCAAGGGUUGUCACAGCAACAGCAGUCACAAAAGCAGCAGCAGCAGCAAAUGCAGUAUUAUCAACAUCUUCUCCAACCAAUUGGAGCGCAGCAACAGCGUGUAUCCAGCAAAUGGGUGAAUAAUUCUUCACAGCAGUCAGCACAAGCAGUUGGGGCUGGAUUGUCUCAUAUUAGUCAGUGGAACAAUCCUGGCUUCUCAGAUCUGAGCUCUGAUUUGUAUAGCUUGGGUCUUGUGAGCAGCUAUAUGGACAGUAUGGUGUCUGAGAUGUUAGGACAAAAACCACAAGGACCUAGAAACAACACAUGGCCGAACCGUGACCAGAAUGAUGGAGUCUUUGGGAUGUUGGGAGAAAUUCUGCCUUUUGAUCCUGCAGUUGGCUCUGAUCCAGAGUUUGCCCGCUAUGUAGCCGGGGUCAGCCAGGCUAUGCAACAAAAAAGGCAAGCACAGCACAUCCGUCGCCCAAGCAACACACGUAGCAACUGGCCUCUUCCUGAUGAUCCUCACAGAACCUGGCCUUUUCCGGAGUAUUUCACAGAAGGUGAUGUGACAAACAGCUGGUCCGGUAAUCAAGGAGACUCAGCCAGCUCAAGUGAUGAGACCUCCUCAGCUAAUGGAGACAGUUUGUUUUCCAUGUUCUCAGGGCCAGACCUUGUUGCUGCCGUCAAGCAAAGGAGAAAACACAGUAGUGGUGAGCAGGAACAUAGCACACUACCAUCGCCACCUCUUCUUUCCACUGUAGAUGAUCUUAAUCAGGAUAAUAAAACCAAAACCUGGCCUCCUAAGGCCCCUUGGCAGCAUUCUUCAUCCAUUACAAACACACUGCCCAAUCAGAGUACAUCUUUGUAUCAGAUGAGUAAUCCAGUCAGUCAGUGGAAUGACACAAUGCAGAUUUUACAGUCACCAGUUUGGUCUACAGCCAACGACUGUGCUCCAUCUACAGGGAUUUCCUCCAAUUUUGCCUACGCGCAGCAGCAACACUCACCACAGCAGCAGACUUCCCAGCACAAACAGCUGAAUAAGGGCUUUAAAUCUUUUCCAGUAAAGCACGAACGCAGACCAUCUUACCUGCAUCAAUACUAA